GAGGGAGGGGAGAGAGGAGAAAGCCGAGCGCGGACGUCAGGAACAAAGCUCCAGCGGAGUCUGGCGGUGGCACUAGGGGAGCAUGGGGUGUUUUGAAUAAUUAUUAAAAUUAGCAUGUGUCUGCGCCAUCCUGUGGGUGUGGCGCAGAGCGGAGUGUAAACUCCAGCGGGGCCGGAGCAAACAUUGGAUUAGCGGCAGCAGCCUGCCAGCCUGCCUAGGAGUGCGGGGACCAGCGCGCGGCACGCCGACCGGCACGAUGGCCUCGUCUCAGGGGAAGAACGAGCUGAAAUUCGCCGACUGGAUGGCAACUCUGCCGGAGAGCAUCCACAGCAUCCCCCUCACCAAUUUAGCCAUCCCAGGAUCUCACGAUUCCUUCAGCUUCUACAUUGAUGAAGCCUCACCAGUAGGGCCCGAACAGCCAGAAACCGUCCAGAAUUUUGUUUCUGUGUUUGGAACUGUAGCCAAAAAGCUGAUGCGGAAAUGGUUAGCCACUCAAACAAUGAACUUUAGUGGUCAGCUAGGAGCUGGGAUCCGUUAUUUUGAUCUUCGAAUUUCCACCAAGCCCAGAGACCCCGACAAUGAACUCUACUUUGCUCAUGGCUUGUUCAGUGCCAAAGUCAAUGAAGGCCUUGAGGAGAUUAAUGCAUUCCUCACAGAUCACCAUAAGGAGGUGGUAUUCUUGGACUUCAACCAUUUUUAUGGGAUGCAGAAAUAUCACCAUGAAAAACUGGUCCAAAUGCUGAAAGACAUCUAUGGAAACAAGAUGUGCCCAGCGAUUUUUGCCCAGGAAGUUAGUCUGAAGUACCUGUGGGAGAAAGACUAUCAAGUACUGGUCUUCUACCACAGUCCGGUGGCUCUGGAAGUGCCCUUUCUCUGGCCCGGGCAGAUGAUGCCAGCACCCUGGGCCAACACCACAGACCCGGAAAAACUGAUCCAGUUUCUUCAGGCAUCCAUCACGGAGAGAAGAAAGAAGGGCUCGUUUUUUAUAUCUCAGGUGGUGCUGACCCCCAAAGCUAGCACUGUGGUCAAAGGAGUGGCCAGUGGCCUCAGAGAAACUAUCACAGAAAGAGCUCUUCCUGCCAUGAUGCAGUGGGUCCGCACUCAGAAGCCAGGAGAGAGUGGCAUCAACAUUGUCACUGCUGAUUUUGUAGAACUUGGUGAUUUCAUCAGCACCGUCAUAAAGCUCAACUAUGUCUUUGAUGAGGGAGAAGCCAACACUUGAUAGUACGGUUUGGAGCACCCAUGAGUAAGAUAGAGAAGACUCAUUGUAUUAGGCAUAUUAUCUAUAAACACUCUGAUCUUCCUAUUCCACUGGGUCUCUGAGGGGAUUAGGCUGGUAGUGGGUGGGAAAAGCGGGAAACCAUUUCUUCAGUGAUUAUUAUCAUACUGCAUUACUAUAAAUAUUUCAUUUCCCAUUUGAUGAGCAAAAUCUGCUUCUAGUGUAAGGGAUAAAAAAAGACCCGUGAAUUUUGCUUUUCAGAAUUAGUCUUUGCAACGUAUAACUCAUGAGUGUUUACUUGAUUGCAUUUCUGAUUUCAGCCUAGGGCUCCUACACUGAUUCCUCUAACUGAACCUUCCCACUCCCUCUCUCGCUCGCUCUUUUUAAUCAGAUGCCGUAUGGGACUCAAAACAAUUGAAUGCCCAACGUAAUAUGUAUUACAUUGUUGUACUGAAAUUUGUUUUUGUGAAACUAGGUAUAAUAUAAUAUCCUGUAGUCAUCUGCAAUUGGUCGAUCAUUGCUAACUUUUGGCCAUAGAAAAUAUGCAUCAAGUCAGUUUCCCUGCAUCAGUAAUAUUGGAGGACAUAAUCAGUAAUUUUUGUGUUAUAUGAAAAUAACAGUGUUUCACAGUAUUUCUAUUUAAGGCAGCUAUAAAUAUAGUGUAAAAAUUUUUUGAAAAAACAAUUAGUGCCAACUCUGUAGUGAAAGAUGGGGGGGGAGAGAAGGAUGCCAUUUUAAUUCAGGAAUCCUUUAAAUAAUAUCGCCCUGCAAAUGCUCAAUAAAUGAAAAAUUAUGACAAAUAUGUUAAAAUCAGGAAACUCUGAAAAGAACUCUUACAAAAAUCUCCUCUAACAAUUCUCUUGAUUAAAAAAAA